GACAUGGUGGGCCACGCAGCGCCGCUCUCGAGCGAUCAGAUCGCGGAGCUGGCGGCGCACGGCGGUUUUGGCGGCGAGGGCGCUGCAGGCACCGAGCCCGCCGAGCCGGCGUCGCACGCUUCGCCGCCGCUCGGCGAUUUGCGGCAGAUGCCCGGGCUCAGCGCGGAGCAGCUGCGCCUGCUCGAGGAGGGGGUGCACCCGUCUCGCAUCCCGGGGCUCGAGGGCGGAGUCGACAUUGAGCUGGACGAGCAGCAGCUUGAGCGGCUGCGGAGCGAGCGGGAGCGCGGGCCGGGCCCCAAGACGGAGUUGUGA